GACGCGAUCGUCUAUCCGCAGUUUGGCUGCUUUGUCUCUAAACAGACCGGAAACACGGUCGUCUUCGCCGUCGCUGCCCUGUCCCACCAAGGACCACACCCCGCCGCCUCGACCGUCUCGUUACCUGCAAUCGCAACCUCAUUCGGUCUCUUCAUUGCUGAUGUCUUCAUCACCGGGCAACUUGCGAAUUUCUUGAGUGCGGUCCGCCGUAAAUGGUGGCUCAUCUCUACUAGCAUGUUCCAGUGCGCACUGAUAGCCAUCGCGGCUGCCCUCUUGUAUCAACUCCCAGACGCAUCACAUGCGUUGAACGGUCUCGGUCUUCUUACCAUAACUCUGUUGGCCUUUUCCUCCGGUGCUCGGGUCGGGAUGGUGCGCGCCCUCAAGAUUACCGACAUCACCACUGCCAUGGCCACUGCUGCAUGGAUCGACAUCCUCAUCGAUCCCAAAUGGUUCGCUCCGCCUACCGAGAACAGGGGACGUAAUCGACGUGUGGCUUUCCUGUUAUGUCUUGUGAUAGGUAGUUUCAUUGGGGCAGCCGCCCAUGCCGAGCUAGGGCCUGGCUUUGCAGUCAUCUUGAGUCUUGUCACUCGACUGUUAGCGACAGCCGUUUGUGUGUUUGGUCCGAGAGACGUGUCUGGAGAGAUAGAGCUGGUAGAUAGUGUUUCUGUAGCCUGA